UUAAAAGGCGCGGCCGGGCCGCCAGGUGCAGCCACCGGCGCCCGCGUCUCUCCGCGCUGCAGCCCGCGGCGCCCGGCCCCAGAGCGCCCCGCGGACAGUGCCAGCCUCCCGGAAGAGAAGAUGGAUUGGAGCACACUCCACACCAUCCUGGGUGGUGUCAACAAGUACUCCACUAGUAUUGGGAAGAUCUGGCUCACUGUCCUCUUCAUUUUCCGCAUCAUGAUCCUGGUGGUGGCUGCCAAGGAGGUCUGGGGAGACGAGCAGGCAGAUUUCACCUGCAACACUCUGCAGCCCGGCUGCAAGAAUGUGUGCUAUGACCACUACUUCCCCAUCUCCCACAUCCGGCUCUGGGCGCUGCAGCUCAUCUUCGUGUCCACACCAGCCCUCUUGGUGGCCAUGCAUGUGGCCUACCGGAGACAUGAGAAAAAGAGGAAGUUCAUCAAGGGAGAGAUAAAGAGUGAAUUCAAAGACCUCGAAGAGAUCAAAAACCAGAAGGUCCGCAUCCAGGGCUCCCUGUGGUGGACCUACACCAGCAGCAUCUUCUUCCGGAUCAUCUUCGAAGCAGUCUUCAUGUAUGUCUUCUAUAUCAUGUACGAUGGCUUCUACAUGAAGCGUUUAGUGAAAUGUACCAACUGGCCUUGUCCCAAUACCGUGGACUGCUUUGUGUCCAGGCCCACCGAAAAGACCGUCUUUACCUUUUUCAUGAUUGCCGUGUCUGGGAUCUGCAUCAUGCUCAAUGUCACUGAAUUGUGCUAUUUGCUCAUUAGGUAUUGUUCUGGAAAGUCAAAAAAACCAGUUUAAUGCCAUACGCAGCUAUUAGGUAAAUGAUAGCAUGAAAGGAAUAGACAAUUUGUGCUUAGCUGUAAAGGUCAAGAAUAUCUUAAACACAACCAUUUAAAAGUCUUUAGCUCUUCAUGAAACUUCAAAUGCUGCCAAUGAAACGCUUUUCACCUAAAGCUUCAAAACCAAACGUUGACUCUUU